AUGGCCAAACGCUCUCGUGACGCCGAUGCCAAUCCGGAAGAAAAGCGGACCACAGAACCCCCGGUCAAGAAGAGGAAGGGCUUCUCAGUUGGCCCUGCAAACCUGCCUGAUGGGACCUACCGUCGCAAAGCCCAAAAAAUAAAGUCCGACCUGAUCCAAAAGGCCAAAGUAAAAAAGGCCUAUGCCAAAAUCAAAGCCGAGGAACUCGCGUCAGCACCCAAAAGACCCAUUUAUGCGACCGAGGAACAUGUGGAGAGUGAAAACGCGAAAGGCGAUAACGUCGUUGAUCCCGCCCCGGCGUCUUUGGAGCUACAUCCAGACCGACAGGCCAUGCUGAACGAGCCCGUGCCGGAACGGCCACCCAGACCUGAACGGGCGCAGGAUCAUGACACCCAUGAGCGUCGGAAGAGAAGAAAACCUAAACCGUCCGCUUUUGCAAAGGAAAUGGAGAUUGCGGAGAAGCGCAGGAAAGAGGCGGAGAGGCGCAGAGAAGAGCGGGAGUUUAAACAGAAAGACCGCGAGGCCAUGGCUAGAGCGAGGAAGCCUGCUCCGGACGGCAAAAGGAGAUUGGGUCGGGAGAGCCAGGUCUUGCUUAACAGGAUUCAGCACAUGGUCGGUCAAACGUAG